AUUUCUAAUUGUAUAAAUAGUAGCUUCUAAAUUAACGAUGUCGGAGAAGUUCUCGCCGACGCUCAGAAUCGGAGAUCUCAGCGAUUUCAUUGCACCGUCUCAAGCCUGCGUCGUUUCUCUCAAAGGUCUCAAACCAACCCCUAAGAAACCUGAACCUCAGGUUUUAGCUUCUAAGAGUCGGCAGACUGAACCAGUAAAAAUUUCGCUCAAGGACUGCUUGGCAUGUAGCGGGUGCAUAACUUCAGCGGAGACUGUGAUGCUUGAGAAGCAAAGCCUAGACGAAUUCCUUUCCAAUAUUAAUAAAGGGAAAGUUGUAUUUGUAUCAGUUUCUCCACAGUCAAGAGCCUCCCUUGCUGCUCACUUUGGCAUCUCUCCACUAGAGGUUUCCAAGAAACUCACAACAUUUUUGAAGUCAUUGGGAGUAAAGGCUGUUUUUGAUACUUGUUGUAUUAGAGACUUAACGUUGAUUGAAACUUGUCAUGAGUUCAUUGCUCGGUAUAAACAAAGCCAAGCAACUGAUGACGAGAAAAGCAAAUCCUCACUCCCAAUGCUGUCCUCAUCAUGUCCAGGUUGGAUAUGCUAUGCUGAAAAACAACUAGGAUCCUAUAUUUUGCCGUACAUAUCCACAGUAAAAAGUCCUCAGCAAUCAAUGGGAGCUACUAUUAAGAAUCAUAUAUGUCAAACAAUGGGUUUCAGGCCAGAGGAGAUUUACCAUGUAACCAUGAUGCCUUGUUAUGAUAAGAAGCUUGAGGCUUCCAGGGAUGAUUUUGUUUUUCAAGUGGAAUCUAAUGAUGGGAGCCCUACAGAUGAAGGUGUUUGUAUCCCAGAGGUCGACUCUGUCUUGACCUCUGGAGAAGUAUUAGAUUUGAUACAGUUGAAAGAAGUUGAUUUUAAUGCCUUGGAAGGGUCACCUCUUGAUAGACCGUUGACAAAUCUUGAUGAGCAAGAACAUCUUUAUGGUGUCUCAGGAAGCUCUGGAGGUUAUGCAGAAACUGUCUUCCGCUAUACCGCAAAAGUUCUCUUUGGAAGAGAAAUUAAUGGCCCUUUGGAUUUCAGAAUUAUAAGAAAUUCUGAUUUCCGAGAAUUGAGUCUAGAGGUGGAGGGGAAAACUGUGCUGAAAUUCGCCCUAUGUUAUGGCUUCCAAAACCUGCAAAACAUCGUCAGGAAAGUAAAAAUGCGGAAAUGUGAUUUUCAAUUUGUGGAGGUCAUGGCAUGCCCUUCAGGUUGCUUGAAUGGUGGAGGGCAAAUCAAGCCAAAGCCUGGACAAUCUCCAAAGGAGUUAAUCAAAUCGAUAGAAGCCGUGUACAUGGAAAACGUUCUGGAAGCUGAUCCUUUUAAGAACCCACUGGUGAAACGGUUGUAUGACGAGUGGCUUGAGCACCCGGGUUCUGAAAAGGCUAAAAGGCACAUGCACACAGGAUACCACCCUGUUGUAAAAAGUAUCACUGCUCAGUUGAACAAUUGGUAAACGCUUUCUAACAUCUGGCCUUGUACAACACGGGAAACUUUCCCUCUGUUGUCUCUCCAUGAGUGCAUGUUAGACAUCGUCAGCCAACCAGCCAUGGCACAUUGUUGCUGGUUAUUCGGUCCUCUCACUGUUGCAUUUUGCAAGGAGACCAAAUUUUGGUGAGGAUAUAUUUUGUUUUGAAGAAAAUUAUUUAUUAUCACACCUUUCUUUGCUUCUAAGUAAGUAUCGAAUAUAAUAUAUGUUCGAUACCAGUAUACUCAUUUGUUUUAAUCUUUUCAUGUAUUUGAAUCAUACUCAUGUCAGAAGGUAUGUUUUGUACAACUGACGGACACAGUUUAGAGAGAAAAAAUAAUGUCUGGGUAA